CACCCCCCGCGGGCCGGGGGAGCCCAGCGGCGCCCCGGGACAGCUCCGCAUCCGGCGGGAUGUCGUGCCCCGUCCCGGCAGCAGGCAGUUCCCUGCCCCAGAGUGCGUCUGCGGAGGGCGGCCAGCAGAGUCACGAAGAAGAUGACAGGAAAGUAAGGAGGAGAGAAAAAAAUCGAGUUGCUGCACAGAGGAGCAGGAAGAAACAAACCCAGAAAGCAGAUAAACUUCACGAAGAAUAUGAGUCUCUUGAGCAAGAAAAUACCUCCCUGAAAAGAGAAAUUGGAAAGCUAACAGAUGAAAUGAAACACUUGAGUGAAGUGUUGAAGGAUCAUGAAAAGAUCUGUCCACUACUGCACUGCACCAUGAACUUUGUGACUGUACCAAGGCCGGAUGCACUUGCCGGCUGCCUGCCAAGAUGAGACCUUUUCUUGAUUACCUUUGAAUAUGAUGUAUGAAAGUGCCAUUAAUGGGAGAUUUGGAGAAUUGCCUCUGCAUAGUGCAGGGCUUCCAUCAAAGAAGGCUGGACUUGACCAUGCAGCUCUUCUCCACGCUGAAGUGCUACAGCUUUCUCAGUCUCAGGAAAAUACAAGUAUGGAGAAAAAGACAACUUAAACUACGACAUCUUAUUUGGUAGAAUCUUUAAGCCACAGUUUUGCAUUCAGAAAUGUCAAAGUUGGUGCACUCUACCAUCACGUGGAGGAAUGUAGACAGGGAGAAGUACUGACCUUGGGCUAGGAUGCCAGUAAACCGUUUGUCACUUGUCAUCCGUGUGUAUCACAUUCUGGCUGCUGCAUUGUUUUUUGGGUUUUUUUCCUUUAAACAGGUUUGAUUAUUAAAAGAGAUGUCCCAUCUUUAUGACUUUUCCAGCUUCUUCAAUAAUCAAUGUCUUUAUAACAUCUCUACUAUUUUUUUACUGGU